GUAACGCUCGGCGUCGCAGUCGGUGUCGAGCCGCCGAACCGUGCGGAUCGAAGCCGAACCUAUAACAUCGUAAGGAAGGGUCAGUCGCGUGUUGCGUGCUCGCGGGUCCGACUGUCGCGAGGGGAGCGUAUCUCGACGGGGAGCCCAGGAGCCCACACGGGAGUAAGACGACGCAGGAUGAGCGGGCUGCUGAAGCUGUCGGCGUCGUUGCUGCCGAGGAGCAUGCCCGGAGCGGUGACGCUGAACAAGCUGGGACUGCCGCUCCUCCUCGGCAACCGCAAGCUUCAUCACACGACAGACCGAGCGGCCAAGAUCUCCGACGAGAUCUCCAAGCAAUAUCCGUUGGUGGACCACACGUAUGACGCGGUGGUGGUGGGAGCCGGUGGCGCCGGUCUACGCGCGGCCUACGGCCUCGUGGCCGAGGGCUUCAAGACCGCGGUGGUUACCAAGCUGUUCCCGACGAGGUCGCAUACAGUCGCCGCUCAGGGCGGCAUCAACGCCGCCCUGGGCAACAUGGAGGAGGAUAACUGGCAGUGGCACAUGUACGACACCGUCAAAGGCUCGGACUGGCUGGGUGACCAGGAUGCCAUUCACUACAUGACUCGCGAGGCACCAAAGGCCGUCAUCGAGCUGGAGAACUGCGGCAUGCCCUUCAGCCGUACUACGGACGGCAAGAUCUAUCAACGUGCAUUCGGCGGUCAAUCUCUCAAGUUUGGCAAGGGUGGCCAGGCUCAUCGAUGCUGUUGCGUGGCCGACAGGACCGGUCACUCGUUGCUGCAUACACUUUACGGCCAGUCGCUGAGCUACGACUGUAACUACUUCGUCGAGUACUUCGCUCUCGAUUUGCUGAUGCAGGACGGCGAAUGCCGCGGGGUGAUCGCGCUCUGUCUGGAAGACGGAACGUUGCAUCGCUUCCACGCCAAGAAUACGGUGCUUGCCACCGGCGGCUACGGGCGUGCCUACUUUUCCUGCACAUCCGCGCACACCUGCACCGGGGAUGGCACUGCUAUGGUCUCCAGGGCCAAUCUGCCCAAUGAAGACCUGGAGUUUGUGCAAUUCCAUCCUACAGGUAUCUACGGUGCCGGUUGCUUGAUCACGGAAGGAAGCCGCGGCGAAGGUGGUUAUUUAAUAAACAGCGAAGGUGAAAGGUUUAUGGAACGUUACGCGCCGGUAGCAAAGGACCUGGCAUCACGAGAUGUGGUGUCUAGAUCAAUGACAAUGGAAAUUAGAGAGGGCAGAGGCGUCGGACCGGAGAAGGAUCAUAUUUACUUGCAGUUGCAUCACCUGCCGCCUGAACAACUUGCCGCUCGAUUGCCAGGAAUUUCGGAAACUGCGAUGAUAUUCGCUGGUGUCGACGUGACCCGGGAACCCAUCCCCGUUAUACCUACUGUCCAUUACAAUAUGGGAGGUGUGCCGACGAAUUACAAAGGUCAAGCGUUGAUGAGGGAAAACAAUCAGGACAAAGUAGUGCCCGGCUUAUAUGCAUGUGGCGAGGCAGCUUGUGCGUCCGUUCACGGUGCUAAUCGACUUGGUGCCAACUCUCUAUUGGAUUUGGUCGUAUUCGGACGUGCAUGCGCUAAAACUAUUACCCAAGAGAACAAGCCUGGCGAGGCAAUCGGACCCUUGAAACCUAACGCUGGUGAGGAGACGGUAGCUAAUUUAGACUGGGUCAGAAACGCCAACGGUUCCAUUUCUACUGCGGAAUUAAGGCUGACUAUGCAAAAAACUAUGCAGAAGCACGCGGCAGUCUUCAGAGACGCCGAAAGUUUGAAAGAAGGCUGUCAGAAGAUGACCGACCUCUACAAAAAAUUAGACGAACUGAAGGUUGCGGACAAGUCUUUAAUAUGGAACUCCGAUUUGAUAGAAACGCUUGAAUUGCAAAAUCUGAUGAUUAAUGCGAUGCAGACCAUCAUUGGGGCAGAGAAUAGGAAGGAAAGUCGUGGCGCACAUGCUCGCGAAGAUUGCAAACAGAGAAUCGAUGAAUACGAUUACAGUAAACCGAUCGAAAAUCAGCAACCGAAACCGCUCGAUCAACAUUGGAGAAAACAUACAUUGUCAAAGAUCAAUCCGAGAACAGGAGAAGUGUCUCUCGACUAUAGACCGGUAAUUGACGUUACGCUCAAUCAAGAGGAAUGCGCGACGGUUCCGCCAGCGAUUCGAUCCUACUAGACUAAUUCUACAAACGGACAAUAUUAAAAUCCAUCGUCCUAGGACUUUCAUCUAUCGCCACCGAAUUUCGGUCUCAGCGCAAUUUUCGAUUGCAGCCUAAUGUUAAGCAUUACUUAGAUUACUUAGCGCAAAGGAAUCGAAGAAACACUUCGCGCUAGAACUACUAUUGCGCAGCGAAUCUGUUAAUUUAUUUCACACAUACAUAUACAUACACACACGAAUUUCAUCGUGCACCAAAGUUGAUUCUUGUCACUCGCUUGCGCCAAGUCGCGCGAGCAGGAUAAUAUGGUCCUUGUAGGAUGCCGGUGUUGAGAUUAUUGCCCUCUUGUCUACGUGAGGGAAUAUACGUGAUCUCGUUCAGUGGAAUCGGUACUCAAUUCAACAAGUAAUAGUCGAGAGAUAGAACAAUUCGCGGUAACAGGAGGUUCGUAUGUAAAAUAUGGACUUUUUCAGGGAAGACGUUUUCUUUUCUGUAAUAUAGUACAACGUAUUCAAUUACGACAUGUUCUCAUUGCGCUCAGGUGACAGUAGGAUGUACUCUCGCGUGCAGUGAUAACGGAAGAACAUCACCGAGAAACUCAAUUAAAAGUCUCAUGAAUUAUAAAUUUAUAAUAUUAAAGUAUAUUUAAAAAUUAUAUUUAUAAUAUAAAUUUCUAAUAAGACUUUUUUGCCAACUUUUGAUAACGACUCAUGAGAAUUACUCUGCUAACGGGAAUACAUUUCUUGAAUUAAUAAUUAUUAAUAAUUAUUCACCUCUUGUGCUCCUAGUGUUUAUGUAAAAUCAAAUAAAAUUAAAACUUGUCAUUUUUAUUUAUGAAUGAAACGUUGAUAUUUGAAAUUAUUACUGUACGCGGUAGUAUUUUGAUAAUGUAUUGCUGUACUUUGAUAUGAUUGUUAUUCUCGAAAUCAAAUUGAUACUCGUUGCAGCUAUACGUAUUUUUGUUAGUGUGAAGAUAUACAAGAAUUGUUUCAAAGAUUUAUUUUUAAUUGCUCCUUUUCAUGAUACAUAUUCUUGCAGAGAAUUGACAGUAAAAAUGAGUUAAUAUUGACGGUAAUUGAUAUAUUGCUCCAUAUAAAUUCUCAUGUUUUUGCUUAAAAAGUAAUCCAAUAAUUGGCAUAUCUAUAAAUAUUUACGCAUUUGCGUAUAAGCACGUAAUAUUAAAAAAUUUAAAAGUAUGCUUUUUUCGUAUAUUUUGUUGCGGCUGUUUACUUACAACGAGGCAACGUAGAAAUGAUAUUGAUAUUAAUUAUCUAAUAUCUGUUAUAUACAGAACUAUUUAUUAGUUUAUUAUAAAUUAUUUAUUUUUUUUUAAACGAAAAUUUCUUCAUUAUCAGAAUAAUUUAUGAAGAUAAUCAUUUUAAUUUUUCAAGUUUAAUAAAGAUUGCAAUAAAUAUUAACUAAAUAUUGUAAGAUUAUAUAAAAAGAACGAUAAAGAAUUAAAUAAGAGUAUUAAAAUUAUAAUUACAAGUACUUAUUUCAAUUUUAUGGAUUAAAACUCUACGUUGUCUUCAACAUUGUACUGAUAUUAUGUACUUCGCAAAACAUGAGUUGAAUAAAAUAUUACUAGAGCACGACACAGAAAUAUACAAAAUACUACUAUAGUCUCGAUUUGUAAAAAGAUCGCGUUGCUUGGCAUGGUGGAAAUGUACAUAAAUCGCGAAAAAUAUCAAUAAAACGUUAAUACACCUUUUACUUAAC